CCAAAGCAAACGAAGCUGAUUGUCUUAGCCGGCCCUGUGGGUGCCGGCCGGGUGGCUAGCCGCAGGCCACAGGCGGAGGUCCCACCCGCCAGGGCCCCACCGGACACACAGGGCAUUGUCCCUCAGUCAACAGCCCCCGGGCACCUCGGCCCGGCUCCUGGCCUGCCCCCACGCCCCUCGCUGCCAGGCCCAGCCAGCUGGGGGCCCGAGGCUCCCAGCUGAUGACGAGCCCACCCAGCCACCCCCCAGCAGCCCCCUGACGAGCUAUAAUUGCUUCGCUCCUUCCUGUUGCUGCCAUUCUCUUGGCGGAGGCAUCUGGGGUUCCAGGCUGGCGGCAGCUGCUGGCCAACCGCCUGGCUCGCGGGAUGGACUGGCCGCACAACCUGCUGUUCCUUCUGACCGUCUCCAUCUUCCUGGGGCUGGGCCAGCCCAGGAACCCCAAAGGCAAGAAGAAGGGGCCAGGGCGGCCUGGAACGCUGGCUUCUGGGCCUCACCAGGUGCCGCUGGACCUGGUGUCACAGGCGAAGCCGUACGCCCGCAUGGAGGAAUACGAGAGGAACCUCGGGGAGAUGGUAGCCCAGCUGAGGAACAGCUCUGAGCCGGCCAGGAGGAAGUGUGAAGUCAACCUGCAGCUGUGGCUGUCCAACAAGAGGAGCCUGUCGCCCUGGGGCUACAGCAUCAACCACGACCCAAGCCGCAUCCCUGCGGACCUACCGGAGGCACGGUGCCUGUGUCUGGGCUGCGUGAACCCCUUCACCAUGCAGGAGGACCGCAGCAUGGUGAGCGUGCCUGUGUUCAGCCAGGUGCCCGUGCGCCGCCGCCUCUGCCCGCUGCCACCACGCACGGGGCCCUGCCGCCAGCGUGCGGUCAUGGAGACCAUUGCGGUGGGCUGCACCUGCAUCUUCUGAAUCAGAGCCUGCGUGGGGGGGGGGGGGGGGGGGCGCGGAGACCACCCUCCCUGCGCCCCCGCGCCAAGCCAGGCCUAUGAAAAGUAAACGCUGUCUUUUGUAAAGCGAGACUUUGGGUUCGCUCCUUGGGGCUCAGAAGCCAAUCCAGGGUGGGGGGUGGGAG